AUGUCAACUACUCAAGAAUGGGUCAUGAUUGGAGGAGAAGGUCCUGAGAGUUACAACCAGAAUUCCUCAUAUCAGGCUUAUAUAUAUUUCGGUUGUGUGAGUGGACCCAACACUUUUGUGGCUGUUCAGAACAUAAUAGAUGCUGUUGAAGAAAAAUACAAAAAAGAAACCGGACAAAACCCAGUGGACAACAUCGAGUUCCAAGUCCUCAUCAACGACUUUACCAACAACAAUUUCAAUACCCUCUUCCAAGCACUCCCUGCAAGCAGACGAUAUUAUAGUGCUGGGGUUCCAGGUUCGUUCUUCGAGCGUGUUCUUCCUAAGAAUAUUUUCCAUAUAGGAGUUAUCAACUAUGCAUUUCAUUUCACCUCCAAAAUCCCCAAGGGGAUCACGGACGGUGACUCUCCUUCAUGGAACAGAGACAUGCACUGCACUGGAUUCAAUGAAGCAGUCAAAAAGGCUUAUCUUGAUCAAUACUCGGCGGACACCAAGGAUCUAUUAGAUGCUAGAGUUGAAGAGAUCGUCUCUGGGGGACUGAUGUUGCUUUUUGGAUCUUGUCUAAGAGAUGGGGACAAGAUUUCGGAGACCUCUUAA